AUGGAAGAACAAAAUGAUUUCACUUGGGCCGUUAAAAAUGGUGAUAUUGCAAAUGUUAAAAAAUCAGUUGAAGCCAAAAAAGAUUUAAUUUCAAUUACUGAUGGUAAUAAAAGAGGUCCAUGCCAUUGGGCUGCUGAUUUUAAUCAAGUUGAAGUUUUAGAAUAUUUAAUUUCAAAAGGUGCUAAAUUUGACAAUACAGAUGAUUAUGGAAUUACACCAUUAUUAGCAGCAGUUUAUGAAGGUCAUACAGGUGCUGUUGAAUUAUUAGUUAAAAAAGGUGCAAAUAAAUCUGUUGUUGGUCCAGAUGGUCAAACUGCAUAUGAUGCUGCUGAAAAAGCUGAUAUUAAAGCAUUAUUAAAAUAA